AUAACUAAAAUUCAACUACCCUCGACCCUCUCAACUGUGUUAUGCUUUCUUCUAGGCUUUCACCUAUCAGAAUGAAGCUCCUGUUUCAAUUGCUUGCCCUUGCUCUCAUCAUAACCUCCACAUCUGGUGGAGUCAAGGACGUCACCGAGCACUUUGAAAGCCUUAAAGGUGCACAGCCACAUGAAAACGGGACUUAUGUGCCAAACCUACCACUCGAGUUCCACAGAGAAAACACCAUCACUAAUGACUUAAUUCCUGAAGAGGAGGAAGAAGACGACUAUCUAGACCUUGACAAGAUACUGACUGAAGAUGACUACAGUGAUGUUAUUGAUGCUGCCCCACACAUGGUUUCUGAAGUUCAGCAAGGAAAUAUUCUUGAACUAUUCCAUGGUAAAACCAGAAUCCAGCGCCUCAACAUCCUCAACGCAAACUUUGGCUUCAACCUUUACCGCAGUGUGGCAGACAAGGCCAGCUCUUCAGACAAUAUUAUCAUGGCUCCUGUUGGUAUUUCCACUGCAAUGGCAAUGAUUUCCCUGGGUCUGAAGGAUGAAACACAGCAGGAAGUGUUAUCUGUUCUUGGCUUUCAAGAUUUCAUUAAUGCCAGCAGCAAAUACGAACUCAUGACUGUUCACAACCUCUUCCGCAAACUCACCCAUCGGCUCUUCAGGCGCAACUUUGGCUACACACUGAGAUCUGUCAAUGAUCUUUAUAUUCAUAAAGACUUUUCUAUUCUCAAUGAUUUCAAAAACAAUAUGAAAACAUACUACUUUGCUGAUGCCCAACCAGCUGAUUUCUCAGAUCCCAGCUUCAUAGCCAAAACCAACGAACGCAUCUUGAAGCUGACCAAGGGAUUGAUAAAGGAAGCUCUUGAGAACAUAAACCCUACAACACUGAUGAUGAUUCUUAAUUGUCUUUACUUUAAAGGAACUUGGGAGAACAAGUUUCCGGUGGAGAUGACGGUGAAGCGGAGUUUCCGGCUGAACGAGAAGCAGACAGUGAAGGUGCCCAUGAUGCAGACCAAGGGCACCUUCCUGGCUGCUGCCGACCCUGAGCUGGAUUGCGGCAUCAUCCAGCUGCCCUUCGUGGGCAACAUCAGCAUGCUUGUGGUGCUCCCACACAAACUGGCUGGCAUGAAAGCCCUCGAAAAGCAGAUCACUCCCCAAGUGGUGGAAAAGUGGCAGAAGAGCAUGACAAACAGAACAAGAGAAGUGGUUCUGCCUAAAUUUAAGUUGGAGAAGACUUAUAACUUGAUUGAUUAUCUGAGAUCCAUGGGAAUAGAAGAACUGUUCAAUGGAAAAGGCGACUACUCUGGUAUAUCAGAGGAGAAGGUCACCAUUGACAGGUUCAACCACCAAGGCACAAUCACAGUAAAUGAGGAGGGCACAGAGGCUGCAGCAAUAACCACGGUGGGGUUCAUGCCUCUCUCCACCCAGAUCCGCUUUGUCGUGGACCGCCCCUUUUUGUUCCUCAUCUACGAGCACCGCACCAGCUGCCUCCUGUUCAUGGGCAGAGUUGCCAACCCAGCCACAUUUUAAAAGCAAAGAAGACCCUCCUACACAUGGGCUGUAUAAUUAUAUGUUAAAAUACCAGUAUCAUAAAGGAAAAAUUAUUAUCCUAUUAGCCAAUAAAAAAGUCACUGGUAUAAAAAGAAGACAUAUUAUCUGCCGGUAGUUUCUCAUGAAUGGACUCACGGCAGUAGAUAAUUUGACUGCAAUGUUAAAAGGUUAGUGCCAUGUAUUGAUACAAGUGUAUUAUUAGAAAAAAAAAAAAAAAAAAAAAAAAUCACAAAGUAACUUACACUUUGUGUUUUGCAACAGUGUAUAAAAUGUAAUCAAUAAAGUAUUUACACUAUCUGGAGUCUUGAAAUUUAGCUCUAAA